UUCCUCCUUCCCGCACCUUCCCAUCCCAGCGCAGCUGGCUCUAGUUGCUCUAUCGCCUCCUCUCCUCCAGCCCACUUCUCCUUCGCAGGGGGAAGCUGACUUGAUGCGCAUAAUAAAUCUUCUCCGCAAGAUUCCUUUUCGGGCCCAAUUUAAGACCUACACGUGUUGGAUUUGAGAGCGUAAACAGGGGCGAGAGUCGAACCUCUUAACUGAAGAUGUUUCAGAUGUGAUUCAGCAAACAACGUGGGUGUUGUGUGUGUAAACGCGCUGGUGUGUGUGUGUGUGUGUGUGUGUGUGUGUGGUUUUUUCCUUUUUGGUGGGGAGUGGAGAGGAAGCGGGAGAGCAGCGAUAUGAAACGCGUGUGUUUAUGCUUCCUGCGAUACCCGUUAUCUCUGACUGACCACCGGCUUAGUUUCACCUGAAUGAACGACCUUGCGAUUGUGACCGAAAUCUUCCUAAGAAGGUUUCCAUGGAGGAUCAAUCUGACGCUUUUUCACUGAGGGUUGGAUUUGCUGGUCUCAAGAUAUUUCAAGAUAGGAGGUCAAGUUCUCCUCUCUCACCAGAGCCAUUUUAAAGCUUAUUGGAUGAAAGUUUCAUUUACCCUUGGCUGCCAAAGAUGACGUUGCCAUGGAUACAGCUUCUACUGUUAUCAGUCAUCGACAGUCUGGCAGAUUGUCUGGACAGUGGAUCAUGCCAUGGUCCAAAAUGGAGGAUGGAGCCUGGUGAUUUGUUCAUUCCUGUUGACUCCAUAGAAGAAGAAGCUACUUUGACUUGUGAUGCUAAGGGAACACCACCUCCUCAAUACAGAUGGUCACUGAAUGGGACUCUCAUAAAUCUGGGCCUGGAUCGCCGACGGCAUCUGUCUGGGGGCAACCUCAUUAUAAGUAAUCUGGACCGCUACCAGGAUGCAGGGAUGUAUCAGUGUAUGGCCUACAACACUGUAGGAGCAAUCCUCAGCAGGAUAGCAAGUCUGCAGUUCGCCUACUUAGAUCAUUUCAAAGUCCACACCAGAAGUGCGGUGUCAGUCCGAGAGGGACAAGGAGUGGUGUUACUUUGUGGAACGCCAACAUCCUCAGGAGAUCUUACUUAUGCAUGGGUCUUCAAUGAGUACCCAUACUUUGUUCAGCAAGACAAUCGGCGGUUCGUCUCUCAGCAGACAGGAAACCUUUACAUUGCCAAGGUGGAGUCCUCUGAUGUGGGCAACUACACCUGUGUCGUGAUGAACAGCAUCACAAAGGGCAAAGUUCACAGCUCACCUACAUCCCUGAUCCUCAGGACAGAUGGAGUGAUGGGUGAAUAUGAGCCGAAAAUAGAAGUUAAUUUCCCAGACAAUGUACCUGCCGCAAAAGGAUCAACAGUAACACUGGAGUGUUUCGCCCUUGGGAACCCUGUUCCAGAGAUCACAUGGAAGAGGGCUAACGGCAUUCCCUUCCCAAGCAAAGUUAAAAUGAAGUACUCAAAUGCCGUGCUGGAAAUCCCCAGCUUCCAGCAGGACGAUACAGGUGGAUACGAGUGUGUGGCUGAGAACAAGAUGGGGAAGAACACAGCCACUGGUCGACUGGCCUUCUAUGCCAAGCCUCAGUGGAUCCAGACCAUGAAGGACACGGCCCUGGCCAUAGAGGAGAGACUAGACUGGGAGUGCCGAGCCAAUGGCAAGCCCAAACCCUCCUACACGUGGCUGAAGAACGGCCAACAGCUUCUCUCAGAGGACAGGAUCCAUGUGGCGGAUGGAAUCCUGUCAGUGUCAGCGCUGACGCUCUCUGACGCCGGCAUGUACCAGUGUGUGGCUGAGAACACACAUGGUGUCAUAUAUUUCGCCGCUGAACUAAUGGUUUUAGCAUCGCCUCCAGACUUCACAGGGAAUGUCCUCAGAGCUUUGCUCAAAGCAAAGGCAGGGACAACAGUGGCUUUAGGCUGUAAACCGCAGGCCUACCCUAUCGCCAGCAUUUUGUGGAAGAAAGGAAACCUGCCUAUACACACCAAUGACAGGAUCACACUUUCUCCAGAUGGAACACUGAGGCUUGCCAACGUGAGCAAGUCUGAUGCAGGCAGCUAUACGUGCUUUGCUAGGAAUAGAUUUGGCAUGUCGAGUACAACUGGAAGGCUCCUUGUCACUGAUCCAACCAGAAUCAUCCAGGGGCCAGUGGACAUGGAGAUCAUUGUGGGCGAGAGCAUAGUGUUACCCUGUCAGGUCGGCAGUGACCCUGUCCUUGACGUUUCUUUUUCCUGGGCCUUCAACGGACAGCUCAUCGCCAAGGGAGACGGCCACUUUGAGCUAGUGGGUGGGAGAACAGCAGGAGAUCUGAUGAUCAGGAAUAUUCAGCUUUACCAUGCCGGCAAAUAUAUCUGUGUGGUGGACACAGAUGUGGAGAGCCUGUCAGCCGUGGCUGUAUUGAUUGUGAAAGGCCCCCCCAGCCCACCAGACAUGGUGACAGUGGAGGAGGUGACAGACAGCACAGCCCAGCUGGCCUGGAACCCCGGCAGAGACAACGGCAGCCCCAUCACCAAUUACCUCAUCCAGACCAGAACUCCCUUUACUGUGGGGUGGCAGAGGGUGAACACGGUCCCUGAGAUCAUUGACGGGAGCAAACUGACAGCCACUGUGGUGGACCUCAAUGCCUGGGUGGAAUAUGAGUUUCGGGUUUUGGCCAAAAACAGCGUCGGUGUCGGAGAACCCAGCCCUGUGUCCGUUAAGACCAGGACAGAGGAUGCAGUUCCUGAUGCAGCGCCAGGUGACGUGGGUGGAGGAGGCGGCAGCAGAUCUGAACUGGUCAUCACAUGGGAGCCUGUUCCCGAAGAACUGCAGAAUGGUGAGAGCUUUGGUUACAUCAUUGCUUUCCGCGCCUUCGGAGAAGUUAGCUGGACUCAUGUGGCCACGUCCGCCCCCGGCGCAUCGCGUUAUGUGUACCGCAACGACAGCAUUGCACCCUUCUCUCCAUUUCAUGUCAAGGUUGGCACUUACAACAGCAAAGGACAGGGUCCCUUCAGCCCCGUAGUCACUAUCUACUCUGCAGAGAUAGAGCCAAGUGGGAUGCCAGUGGGAGUUUGGGCCAGAAGUGUCUCAGCCUCUGAGAUUGAGGUGAAUUGGCAGGCUCUCUCAUUCGCCCCUGAAAGAGUUCUGGGCUAUGAGGUGGUUUACUGGGAAGAUGACACUAAACCAGAGACCAUGGGGAAAGUCCGGGUGCCUUGGAACCAAACCUCAGUCACAGUGAGCGGCUUGGCAGGAAACACACAGUAUUUUCUAACAGUCAGCGCCUUCAACACAGCGGGCACCGGCCCCUUCCUCCCUGCAAUCAAUGUCACCACAAAAAAGCCACCUCCAGCCCAGCCUCCACUGAAUAUUGAAUGGACCUUAAUUGGCUCUCAGCUGUCUCUUUACUGGGAACCUGUGUUGGCGAUGGAAUCCGAGUCAGAGGUUACAGGCUACCAACUGUCUUACAGGACACAGAGACACAAAGAAGUAAACACACUCACAACCAGCAAUGCAACAGCAGAGAUGACCCUGGCCGAGGACGAUGAUGACUACAUCAUUCACAUUCAGACGCUGAGCGAAGGAGGGCUGGGCCCGGCUUCAGAUCCAAUACGAAUCCACCAGCUAAGUAUGAGUGCCCGCGGCUCGAGAGCCCGGAGCGUGGACAUCAUCCCUCUCUCCCUGCUCCUUGCCAUCGCAAUAUCAACAUUCAGGUCAACGUUGUGACACAGUGACAGACUCUGAUCUGUUUUGCAACAUUCAAUAAUGUUUUUUUUUCUUUAAUUCUUUAAUUUCUUAAAUUUCUCUUCUUUUAGAGAUGCCCAUAGUAUUUUGCGGUGUUAGUUUGUUGGUAUGAAGCAGCACAGGAACGUGCUAUCAGACUCUUAAUUAAAAGUAAAUGCUAGAGCUUUCUACAUAGGUCUGCUUUGAAACUUUGGGAACACUGCUCCAUUUCAACUCUAUUUUUUGUUCUCUAGAAUGAUACAGAUGCCUUACUUCCAUUCAUGUGCCAAAGUAGUUUCAGCCUUCUUGUUGUUAUUGCUAUGAUAGCUACAUGCUUUCCUCAACAUUUUAUUCCCCACAGUUUCUUAUUAUUGAAGGUUUUGGUGUACCUUGCGGAGGGCCAUGGUGACAAGUUGUAUUUCAUAUUUUUGAAUAUUUUCAGUUUUCCUCUCUACAUCAGAAUUGGCGAGUACAAACAUGUACAUUCAUCCGUGCCCGUGCCUUUUUGAGACUCUUGUAAUGGCGUUACUUAUAGACACCAGUCAGUGAUACGUUGUGUUUGAAAACAUACUGCAGGCAUCUUCAUCUUUACAUGCGCCAUUAAAAGUUGGUUGUGUCUCAGAUGAAACUCAUAAAACAACCCACAGUGCCAGUGUUAGCCAUUUACCUUUUAUCAUUUGAUUGUGGAGAGCUGAAUGUAUUGUGAGUGCUCCUACAAGUUUUAAAGCCUUGGAUUAGUUACUGUGAUAGGCCACUGAUUGAUGGAUUGGCCUUUACUCUGCAUUUGCAAAGAUUACAUUUGCCUGUGCACAGCAGUAGUUGGAGAGGAAUACAACAGCCAGUGUAUUUCCUUCAACCUCGAUGCUGAACCAGUCAGAAAAUAAUCGACAACAAUCAUUUAAGUCAUUCAUCCAGGAACAAUGCCAAACAUUUACUGGUUCCAACUUCGUAAAUGUGAGCAUUUACUACUUUUCUCUGUUGUAAAUGUAACAUAUACUAUCCAACGAUCCAUUUGCCUUCACAGAAUCUAAAUUUGAAAGUAUUUUGCUUUAUACCAUGGCCACUUGUCAACAGACUAUAUGUCAUCUAAAUAAAAAAUUAUUAAAGUUCAUAGAAUGAAGUGAAACAAAAUUUUCUUCCUAUAAGAGAGUUCAAAUCCUUACUAAUUCUAAUUCAUUUAGAUUUAGACAAGAAGAUCAGUACUACUCUGUUAACUAUGAAGGCAGAGUCAGGUGUUGAUUAGCCUAGCUUAGUAUAAAGAAUGGAAACAGCCAACCUGGCUUUGUCCAACGUUCACGAAUCCUUACCAGCACCUGUGAAGCUCACUAAUUAACACAUUGUAUCUAGCAGAAGCCCUACACAUUUCCGACAGGGCUGUUUAUGACAAUUUCUGGAAUUGUCCUAAAACAACAAUCCAACAUUUACACCACUUCAUGCUGUGACUGGGCAGGCGUGCGGAGGUGAGUGCGUUUACAGCCAAGUGAAACUAUGAAUGCCUUCCAGGAGAGACUGUCUGAAAAUAUGUGUUGUUACAUCCAUAUUUUAAUGAUUAUCACAUCUCGCACCUUGAUAUAACGGUGGCUUUUCACUUUCAUCUCUUGGUUAGGUUGUUUGAAACAGCUAUAAACACUUGCCUUUCGAAGUGGUCAGUCACAUCUCACAAACUACAAACUAUUUUAUGUCUAGGAUAACUUGGCCCGGAGGUUCCAUAGUUAAUGCACAGACAUGAGAGUGGUAUUGAUUUUUUCAUCUGACUUUCACAAAGAAAGCUACUAAACAUAUUUCUUAGUAUGUCGAGCUGUCACUUUAAUGAGUAGUUUCUCUGAUUACAUUCAGUUUAUGAACGGACUUUGAAUUAAGAUUAUUUGACCAACCAGUUAGACUUCUCUGAGGACAAUAAACAAUCACCUCUGUCAGAAGUGUCAAGUUGUUUUGUCUGGUUACCAAGAGUAAACAGACAUCAGCCAGCCAAUCAAAAUUCAGAGUUAUCAGUGGUCAUGGUAUAGAGUAAUAUGGCAAAUUAUCUUUUUGGAUUUAGGAUUUAUUGAAUCAAAACAAACAAAUUGAAAACAUCAGUUGGGUUCUGGGAAAUACAGAUGGUGAGAAAUGAAAGGAAAAACCAUCAGAAAAUGUCUCAGUAAGAUGUUGGGCCACAAUGUGCUGCCAGAGCAGCUUCAGUACACCUUGGUAUUGACUUUACAAGUCUCUGAACUCUACUGGAUGGAUGAACACCAUUCUU